UGAGGAACUAUUCGAAGGAACAAAAUUGCGAAACAGUAUGGAAGCACAACGAUCUCCGCUACAGCGUCUUUCAACGAACGAGACCUGGGAAAGCGGUCCGAGCCAAUCGAAACGUCCCAGAGCGCAAAGCAAGGGCAAUGAUCGAUCGUCUAUGAGCUCUUCCGCUCAUGAACCCACAGCGACCUUUGUCUACCCUGAAGACGUCGCGAUUCCUUCUCGUGGCGUCGUCAAGGCUCUGUACGAAGAAGCUAUAAGCUCGAAAGAAAGCAAUCAGCAUGCACUAUCGGAUGCGGGCCUCUUAUCCUUCGAGGAUGUCUUGUUGCCGGCUGUUGCGUAUCAAGAGGAGCAUGCACUCAAGGCUCUCCAGGCCAGGGUACAACGGGACAAUCCCGACGCGAAGCCCGCAAUCGUUGCUUGUCGUAAGGUAAUGUUUGACAGCAUCGGUGCGGCGGUAGAGGCGGCCAAGGAGUCACGGAUUGCUCGCGACCAAAUCGAUCGGGAAAGAGAAGCCGUCUGGCAAGCUGAGCAAGAGGUCAAAAGGGUCACUGCUGCGGCCGAACAGGAUCGACUCGCCAAGGUAGAUAGAGAAAGACAUCGACGAGACCUUAAGAAAAAGCUUCCUCGUAAUCAGGAAUUGUGGAGGGAAGUGGCCUAUCUCAUGACGGAACUCAAUAAAUUGCACCGUGAAGAAAGGCAAUGGAAGGAUACGGAGGAAGACAUUUCGCAAAGAGAAAUCGAAAUGAAGGCACUGGAAGAGAAAAAGAAUUCCGAUAGUGAUGAGGAGCCCGCCGACACGGAAAUUGAAAUUUCUACGGACAAAAUAACCAAGAUCGAACAAACUGUUGAAGACAUUACGUUGUCAGCGGUUCGCAUCGAACAGGCGCUGCAUGUAGUUUCGGGUAUCAUCAUUGAAUCUGACAAAGUUCGCAAAGAUUUGUACCGCCGGUACAAGACCGACUUUCAGUUCCACCGCUACCCGGGAGUCAAGAAUCCCAAGGGCAUUUUACGUGCUCUUACGCAAAGUCAAGACCAAGACGAGGAGUAG